GCGGCUCCUUGUGCCCUGUCCCCCCCACCGAGGCGAUGGCCGAGCUCAAGUCACUGGGCGGCGAUGCGUACCUGGCGCUGGCCCCGGGCUACGGCCAGUCGGCUUUUGCCUACGGAGCCGUGCGAGGUGGCUCCGAGGGCCCGCGGGGGACCUACCCGGGGGGCGGCGGGACGGACUUUCACCCCGGAGUGCUGGGCAAGUCGGCGGAGAGCAGCGGCGAGCAGAGCGGAGACGAGGAGGACGGCUUCGAGGCCGGGGGGAAGGGCGGCGAGGCUUUCGAGCGGGAGGGCAAGCUGAAAGCGGGAGCCCUGGCCAAGAAGCCCAAGGAGCAGCGCUCGCUGCGCCUCAGCAUCAACGCCCGGGAGCGGCGGAGGAUGCACGACCUGAACGACGCCCUGGACGGGUUGCGCUCCGUCAUCCCUUACGCCCACAGCCCCUCGGUGCGGAAACUCUCCAAAAUCGCCACCCUGCUCCUGGCCAAGAACUACAUCCUCAUGCAGGCGCAGGCCCUGGAGGAGAUGCGGCGGCUGGUGGCCUACCUGAACCAGGGCCAGACGCUGAGCACCCCGCUGCCCGCCACCCUCAACCCCUUCGGACAGUCGGCCGUCUACCCCUUCGGCGGAGCCGCCUUGCCCGGCUGCCCCGAGAAAUGCACUGCCUUCACCGGAGCCGCCUCUGCCCUCUGCAAACACUGUAACGACAAGCCUUGACUUCUGGCUUCUUCGGGCUUUUUUUUGUUUUCGUUUCCUUCUCUUUUUUUUUCUUUUCUGUGCACUUUUCUUUCCGCUACCACCAGCCCUGGCUUCCUACCGUCAGUUAAGUCUGGGUUUUCUUUUUGUUUGCUUCUCUUAAAUGCCCCCCUUCCCCCAUUUGGAAAUUUUUGGCAGUUUUGGACCCCGAAACUAUCCACUUUCAACUGUGUAGAGUUACCUCCCACAAGCAGCUUCAUCCGUAGAGUAAUUUCCUUCCCAGCCUGCUAGUGAACUUUGAGCACGAUGUUGCUUUUCUGCUCGUUCUCAUCUACAAAGUUUUUGAGCAGUUGUUAAACUCAGCUAGAGGAAAAGAGGGAGGGAGAGAGAUCUGGGAAUGGAAACCUCAGUGAGUUUUCCUUGGCACGAUCAACCUGUGUUUAAACCGCUUAAAAGAGGGUGUGUGGGUGUCAAAAUCAAGCCGCAAAGCUAUACAAUGAUUCAGAACUCCGGGGGUGUUCCAGGUAGUCAGCUGGGGUUGGACUUCACCCAUAAAUCCAAAUGAAGCGUCGCUUGGUCGGCUCAUGGGAGGAGAAAAGUUUGGUGCUCUUGAUAAAACAACAGAUGCUUCAAAA